AUGCCGAAAAGAAAACUCCCCUCGGAUUCCACCCCGUCUGCCACGAACAAAAAGAGGUUGCCAGCGACUUCUACGGCGGGCAGGCUCUCCACCGGCGAAGAUGACCGCUCCGGAUCUUCGCAGUCCACCGUCAACGCCUCCCAGGGCGGCGCACCACUUCUCCCAACACCCCCGUCUUCAAGCCAGCCUCGAUCGGGUGUGCCGACCUCCUCGCAGCGUUUGAGUCAAGUUUACAAAGACUACACGCCCACGCUGAGCCAGCUCGGCUCAGGAUCCCACGGCGGGGACGAACGCGACAGCUGGCUCUCCACUCAGGAUCAAGAAGCUGACAUCGCGCGUGAAAUUGACCUCACCGAGGAUUUCGACGAUGACGUGUACGAGACCUACAUGCUCUACGGCAUUCUCAACACCAAGAUCGUGGGAUGUCGGUUCUACGAUGGCCAAGCUACCGUCGGGGAGUACGUGCGAGUCAGGCGCGAACCAGGCAAUCCCUACGACAGCAAUGCCAUCCGGAUCGAUAACGUGCUCCGCGACCAGAUCGGUCACAUUGGCCGUCAAGUUGCGGCAAAGCUGGCGCCCUUGAUGGACAACGGCUCGCUGCUCGUCGAAGGCGCGCUGACCGGACCCAAGACCUAUUACGACUGUCCGAUCGGUCUCAAACUCUUCGGCACAAACGAUCCUGUUGCCGGUGCUGCUCUUGCCAAGCAAAUGCAAGAGCAAAAGCUUCCCAUCACCGAAUGGGUGCGUACGAAACGAGAGGGCGAGAAGCGCCGGCAAGAGCUCGAGAAGCAGCAGAAAGCCAGGGAAAAGGCAGCCGCCGCAAUGAGGAAAAAGGGUCUCCAAGUGUUUGACAACGAAGGGCCCAACAGGUACAGCAACUUGGGUGUGUUGCCGAAUGGCAGGAGCCAACCAGAGCAAAGCAUGGAGCAACUGCUCAGUGGCACGUCCACGUUCAACCCCCGUGAUGUUCAGGACGCCAUGAAGAAGCUUGGGACGGGUGAAGAUGUGCUUGAGAAGAUGCCAAUGGCAGAUCAGCCCCCUGAGCUCGCCACAAUCUUGUUGCCAUAUCAGAGACAGGGACUGCAGUGGAUGCUGGACCACGAAUCUCCCAAACUACCUCAAAACGGCGACGACGUGGUCCAGAUGUGGAAGAAAAUAGGCAAAGGGUACCUCAACAUCGCCACCAACUUUGCGAUCAACAAAGCUCCCGAACUUGCAAGUGGUGGCCUCCUUGCGGAUGACAUGGGUCUGGGCAAGACUAUCCAGAUCAUCUCGCUUAUCAUGGCGGACCCUCACAAGAACCGAACACCGACGCUCAUCAUCGCACCACUCUCGGUCAUGUCUAACUGGAGCAUGCAAGCAGAGCACCAUAUCAAGAAGAAGUUUCGACCACGCAUCCUGACCUACCAUGGCACAGAGAAGAAGAACUUGUCACCACAAGAGUUGAAAGAGUACGACAUCGUCAUCACAACCUACCAGACAAUGACUCAGGAGCUCUUUCCCUAUGGCCAGACCAGCCCCCGGCCGGUACCAGCUCCGAAGGGAUUGUUUUCUAUCACCUGGCGAAGAGUCGUUCUGGAUGAGGCUCACAACAUCCGCAAUCCCAAAGCCAAGAUGUCGCAAGCCGCGUGUGCACUCCAGGCUGCAUCUCGCUGGGUUCUUACCGGCACUCCGAUAGUCAACACUCUCAAGGACCUCUACUCACACGUCAAGUUUAUCCGUAUGACUGGGGGACUCACCGAGUUUGAGAUCUUCAAUUCGACCCUGAUUCGUCCGCUUAGGAACGGCGAUCCUCAGGCCCGUCUUCUUCUUCAAGCUCUCAUGGCGACGCUCUGUCUCCGCCGGAUGAAAGACAUGAAGUUCAUCGACCUCAAACUGCCCAAGAUUGUUUUCCAUAAAUAUCUGGUGAAAUUCCUGCCGCACGAGCAGGAGAGGUAUGAUGCAUUCAAGAGCGAGGCCAAGGGACUUGUCGAGGCCGCGAAAGCUAAGAAGGGAGAUCACACCAUGACGCACCUUCUCGAGGUUCUGCUUCGGUUGCGCCAGACUUGCAACCACUGGAAGAUGUGCGGUGACGAUAGAGUGCGCAAAUUGCUGGAACUGGUCGAGUCCAACGAAGUUGUAGAUGUCACCAACGCCGCCAACAGAAAGACCCUCCAGGACAUUCUACAGGUACAGAUCGAUUCGCAGGAGGACUGCUGUGUGUGCCUGGACUCUUUGAAGAACCCGGUGAUCACAGCCUGUGCCCAUACUUAUUGUCGUGAGUGCAUCGAGCGAGUCAUUGAAACACAACAUAAAUGUCCCAUGUGCCGUGCGGCGCUGGCCACCAGCGAACAGCUGGUCGAUCCGGCGGCAAACUUUGGCGAAGGCGAUGAGAUCGACCCCGAUAUCGACCCCGAGACGACCAGCAGCAAGAUCGAGGCACUCAUCAAGGUACUUAAAGCCUCUGAGGCCGACGCCGACGUCAAGACUGUGGUGUUUUCACAGUGGACGUCGUUCUUGGACCUGGUGCAGACUCAGCUGCUCCGGCAUGGCCUCAAUUUCACGCGGCUCGAUGGCAAAAUGAACUCGAGUCGUCGCGACGCCGCAAUUGAAUCUUUCAACAGCGACUCGUCCUGCAAGAUCAUGCUGGCAUCUUUGUCUGUUUGCUCUGUGGGCCUGAACUUGGUGGCGGCGAACCAGGUGAUUUUGGCGGACUCCUGGUGGGCGCCGGCCAUCGAAGAUCAAGCGGUCGACCGUGUCCACAGACUAGGACAGACCCGUGAUUGCAAAGUGGUGCGUCUGGUGGUGGAAGGCACUAUCGAGGACGAGGUGCUUGAGAUCCAGUCGAAGAAGAGGAAGCUGGCGAGUGAAGCAUUUGGAGAGAAGGUGAAGAGGGAGGAGAGAAGGGCCGGCUCGCUGAGAGAUAUCGAGAGGUUGUUGGCAUAG